CGCUUACUACCACAUGUAAUAACGUUGGCUGCACUGUUGAUAUGUGUUUGUUUGCUGUAGGUUACUAAUUUGUUUACGUUUUAGUCUGCAAGACAUUUAUAAACACGGGCCGUAGGGCAAAAUGCCAGGAAGAAUAAUGCCAGACUACAUGUUUGUGGAAAUGGGAGCUCGAGAGCCGUGGCCAUCCGAUGCCAAAUUAUUCCAACCUUAUGAAGUGGAACAGAUACUACUACCAGACAAUGCAAACUGUCUUGCUGUUCAGGCUUACCUUCGCAUGUGUGGUCUCAAAUAUGAAGUUGAGCUUCGCAGCAACUGUGAAUAUAUGUCACCAUCAGGUAGAGUACCCUUCCUCAAGUGCGGUGCAUUUAUUGUGGCAGAAUUGGACCCUAUAAUUUCAUUUGUCAACAGCAAGGGAAUAUCGUUGACGAAUGAUUUGGAUACAGCUGACAAAGGAGACAUGAGAGCUUACAUGUCACUUGUAAACACUGUACUUGCAGUUGCUGAGCUUUAUAUUUGCUGGUGUGACAAAAGAACAAUGAAAGAAGUUACAUUACCUAGAAAUGGUUCAGUUUAUCCGUGGCCAUUGAAUCAUGUUGUUAACUGGCAGAAGAGGAGUCAGGUUAUGAAGAAAUUAUCAGUUCUCGGAUGGGCAAACAAAACAUUAGAGGAGGUGUACGAAGAAGUAGAAACCUGCUGUAAUGCCUUAUCUGAGCGACUGGGUGACAAGCCAUAUUAUUUUGGAGACAAUCCAACAGAGUUGGAUGCCUUGGUAUUUGGACACGUGUUUAGCAUCUUAACAACUCCAUUGCCAAAUAACAAAUUUGCAGCCAUUCUCCGAGGCUAUUCAAACAUAAUUCAGUUGUGCAAAUUGAUUGAAAAUAAAUAUUUCAAAAGGAUUAGUCAGUAAAUUGUGCUAAUUUUGUACAAAGUAGUUUUUGUUAUAAAAAUUUAAGACAGUUGUAAUUCUAAAGUUUAUUAAUAAAGUUGCUUAUUUAGUUUUCUUA